AAAUAUUUCCUUGCAAUAAUGGAAUUAUGGAAGCAUUUGAACUUUGAAGUUGGAGAUUACGUUAUUAUUAUUAUGUAUGUUCCUAUAAUCCAAUCAACACAUAAGAACUUCUGCUAACAGUCUCUGGGAUUUCCAGUUAGAGUUUCAUUUUUGGUUUGCAUGGCCGUAGUUCCAGUAUGCUACAAAAUUCCUUACAAAGAUCAUGUUCUCGGUCCUCAAAAUUCAGUAAGAAGGCUAGAGAGAGUUAUCAUGUGUAGAUGUUAUGCCUUUCCACAAGCCUGUAUUUCUAGUGAUGCAUGCAAGAGGUGCCAAAUCCUGUAUCCUAAUGUUGAUAGUUUGAUGAAAACAAGGACAAGAGGAGAAGUGAAUACCUCUAAAGGGGCAAUUUUCAACCAAGACACUUUGCAUUUCCAGAACCCAAUUGAAGGAUUGGCCCUGCAUAGAGUUUGGAAUGUAAAAGGAGAAGAUUUCUAUGUGGCAUCACACACAUCAAAGGCUAGUAUUAAUGAGAAGCAAUUGGGAUUGCUAGAUUCUUAUUUUGGAAAACUCCAAGGCAAUGCAAAUAAACCGUCUUCAGAUUCUUCUGAUGAGACAAUAGAGUUGCUUGAUGAAAGUAGACAAAUCAAUACAAAGGAGGAAUUAGAAUCUCUAAAUUCUUAUCUUGGCAAACUUAAUAAAGCUACUGAAGAAAAUCCAGCAGCAAAAUCAUUCUCAGUUCAUGAAGAUUCUAGAAGAGGUUAUGAGGAGAAGCCAAAAAAUUUCAUGAAGUUGAGAAAAAAGGAUGUAAAUAGUGGUUCUGGGAGGUCUCAAACCCUGCAGCAAAAUGAUGAAACCUCUGAUCUCUACUUAAUAAGCAUUUUGGCUUCUAUAAACAUUGCAGUUUUUCUGUUUGAAAUAGCCAGUCCGGUUAGAAAUUCUGAGUUUGAGCUCUUUUCUCUCCCAUUAUUGUACGGAGCAAAGAUAAAUGAUUUGAUCCUGGUUGGAGAAUGGUGGAGGCUAGUAACACCAAUGUUUCUGCACUCAGGGGUGUUUCAUGUGGCUCUGGGAUGUUGGUCGCUUCUUACUUUUGGGCCUCAAGUUUGCCGAGGUUAUGGUUCAUUUACUUUUUUCUUGAUAUACAUGCUUGGAGGAAUUUCUGGCAACUUGACAAGCUUUCUUCAUACGCCAGAGCCAACUGUUGGUGGAACAGGGCCAAUAUUUGCCAUAAUUGGAGCUUGGCUUGUUUACCAAGUGCAAAACAAAGGCGUAAUUGCUAAGGAUGUUUCAGAGAGUUUAUUCCAUAAGGCAAUAAUCACCACUGGUCUCAGCUUCAUAUUGAGCCAUUUUGGUCCAAUUGAUGACUGGACACAUUUAGGAGCAGCUUUAACCGGUAUAAUCUAUGGCUUUUUCACAUGCCCUACACUGCAACUGGAUAAUGCAUCUUCAAGAACUGGUCAAGAUGAAGGCGUUGCAUUUGUUAGAGGAUAUGCAAAUCCUUGUAAAUCACUGAUCUUAUUCGCCGUCUUCAUUCUUUUCUUAGGUUCUUUACUUUUCUUUGUGGAACCUCCUCUAGACACUCUGGUGGCUGAUGACUUGGUAUGGUUUUGAAGACAUGGAAUGCCAUUGUGCAGGACAAAUAUCUGUGAAUAUAGAAACGGAAUAAUGUCUUUGCCAUGUCAUCAUUUUUGGAACUGCUUAUAAAUUUCAUUUCCAGCCA